AUGCGUAGUAGCGUUCUCCUCCCGCAAUUCUUCCUAUCACCGUCCGCUAUCAAGCUAGGACGCUUCGUCACCAAUAUCGAUGAGCCUCACCGAUAUUACCAUGACCCAAAAUCAGAGAAUAGUUUCAGCAUUAUUGAGAAAGUUGCAACCCAGUACGACGGCGCCGACUCUCUUAGAACCCAACGUAGAUUUGGUUCUGAGCUUACCGCCUUCCUCUCCUCCACCGUGUCAAGCCGUACGAAUGCCUCGAUCCACGUCACUACCAAACAAGUGAAGACCUACUAUUUAGACAAUAAUGGAGAGUGGUUCCGUGAUAUUGUCAAAUUGAAAGAUGUCCGGAAGUGGAUUGAGCGUACGAUCGACGAGGGAGAGGAUAUAUACAUUGUGGUUGGCUACCACACUGUGUUAGAUGCUCGAAUUGCGGAGCAAGCACGGGAACAGAAGCUUUUGGACGGAAAUCUGGCCAUUCCACUUUCUAGCGCAUUAGCCGCAUCAGGAGUUGCUGUCCCAUUUAGUGAGCUACCUGAUCCUAGACUAGCCGGGUCUAAUGGGCGCGCGGAAGACUUGCAACGGCACUUUGUGGCCCAAGGCGAGCAAAUCAUCGCGGUGCAAUAUCGCAAGGUCCGUUUCCGGUUUCUGUCAAGCAAAAGCGUCGACACUGCAACGCUAUCUAAAGACGCAAGAUGGGAGAGAUAUGACCGCCCUCGUUACCUUCAGAGUGACAUGGAAGACAUGGUAGAGGUCGAACUGGAUGAUGAUCUGUUACUUGAAGGUGACCGUGACAAGUAUAUAGCAGGAUCGGAGGAAAUCAUCUUUUCGAAUAUUGGUGUCGACAUAUGA